AUGGCUCCUCCUAAUUCCCACGGCCUACUCCUCUCCUUCUUCGCAAUAACUAUAUUAUUCUCAUUUCCCACGGCAGAAUCAAACCUAGACGUCCAUUAUUACCAAACCACAUGCCCAAGAUACAACGACAUCGUGGGCGAAGUCGUGACGGAAAGGCAAAUCACCAAUCCUACAAUCGCAGCCGCCACGCUUCGCCUCUUCUUCCACGACUGCCUAGUCCACGGUUGUGAUGCCUCCAUCCUCAUCGAUGCCUCAACCUUACCGCCCAACAGCGACACUCCCGAGCGGGACCACGACAUCAACCAGUCCCUCUCCCACGAGUCAUUCGAUCUCAUCGAACGAAUCAAGACCGCCCUCGAACUUGAAUGCCCCAAUAUUGUUUCAUGUGCCGACAUAAUGGCAACCGCAACCCGUAACCUAGUCACGAUGGUUGGUGGGCCACUAUAUGAGGUUAGCUUAGGUCGUAAAGAUGGUCUUAUCUCGAAAGCGUCGGAGGUAGAGAGUUUCAUCCCAAGAGGGAACGCCUCGACGCCUAGUCUAAUCGCCGCGUUAGAAGCGAAAAGUCUAACCAUCCAAGAUCUAGUUGCCUUAUCUGGUGCCCACACGAUCGGUUUUUCCCAUUGCGACCAGUUCGCACACAGGAUUUACAACUUUAGCUCGAAUGAUGAAAUUGACCCUGCUUUCAACACGAAAUAUGUGGCCGGGCUCCGCCAACUCUGCAUCAACUACACUAAUGACCCUACCAUUGCCGCGUUCAACGACGUUAUGACACCGAAAAAGUUUGAUAAUAUGUACUUCUCCAACUUGUUGAAUGGACUGGGACUUUUAACAACGGACCAAGGAUUGGUGGAUGAUCCCAAGACAAAGAUAUUUGUGGAGAAAUACGCAGCCGAUCAGACAGCUUUUUUCGAUGAUUUUGCGAACGCUAUGGCCAAAUUGAGCGUGUUGGAGGUGAAGACGGGAGAUGAGGGAGAGAUAAGGGAAAAGUGUAAUACCUUUAACACUCGUAUUAUCGCGAAAUUGUCGAAAUCGUCGUCGAGUGUAGGUGUAAAGUUUACGAUGAUGAAUAACUAA